CGUUCCACAAUCGGCAAUCAUGGCGACCGUGGACAUGGAGAAUGCGCAAAGCGAGAUCUUGCAAAAUGUUUGCGGUACCCUAGGAUGUGAAAGUUCUGCCAAGUUGCAAUGCCCCACUUGUAUCAAGCUGGGAAUCAAGGGAUCUUUCUUCUGCUCCCAGGCUUGCUUCAAAGGUAGCUGGGACGCUCAUAAGCAAGUGCACAAAGAUAUAAAGAAUGCCAAGAAUGCCGCCGGGUCGAUCUUCAACCCGUGGCCGUCAUAUACCUUCACGGGAAAGCUGAGGCCUUUUCCUUUGUCGCCCAAGCGAGAGGUCCCUGAGCAUAUAAUGCGCCCGGAUUACGCAGAGCACCCUGAUGGUAUUCCUCUUAGUGAGCAGGCUGCAAAGCAUUCCUCUGUGAUCAAGGUGCUAACUGAGGAGGAAAUUGAAGGAGUGACCCUGGCCUCAAAGCUGGCAAGGGAGGUUCUUGACGUGGCCUUGGGCGCUGCCGAGGUGGGUGUGACGACCGACGAGCUGGACAGACUGGUUCACGAGGCAUCCAUCGAACGCGACUGCUAUCCGUCGCCUCUGAACUACUACAAGUUUCCCAAGUCCUGCUGCACGUAUGUGUCUCCUUUAGCAGACUCCCUUUUCCCUGUGCGAGAUCUGUGUUCGUCAAAAAACUGGAAGCGUAUUUGUGAAACACUCUAUUCCCGGGCCCGUCGCAGGUCGGUGAACGAGGUCAUUUGCCAUGGCAUCCCGGACAUGAGACCGCUUCAAGAUGGAGACCUUUUGAAUGUGGACAUCACGGUGUACCACAACGGCUUUCACGGAGAUCUGAACGAGACGGUGUUCAUCGGCAACGUGGACAAGACUGCCCGCAAGCUAGUUGAAGUAACACACGAGUGCCUUUCCAAGGCCAUUGAGGCUGUGAUGCCUGGCGUGCGAUACCGGGAGAUAGGAAACAUCAUCCAGAAGCAUGCGCAGUCGCACGGAUUCUCGGUGGUUAGGAGCUACUGCGGCCACGGAAUCCACAGGUUGUUUCACACAGCUCCAAGCGUUCCACAUUAUGCUAAAAACAAGGCCAUUGGUAUCAUGAAGGCUGGUCACUGCUUUACCAUUGAGCCAAUGAUUUCAGAAGGAACCUGGCACGAUGCGGUGUGGCCGGACAGCUGGACUGCGGUGACGGCUGACGGCAAGCGGUCGGCCCAGUUUGAGCAGACGCUGCUGGUGACGGACACUGGCUGCGAGAUUCUGACGCGCAGGCGCAACAAGAACGGACAGCCCUGGUUCAUGGACAACUGACCCUCCCCCCUGACCUGACCUAGGUUUGGCGCACCGGUCUGUAAAAACAGCAUGAAGUUGUAAAUUUCAAGUGCGCAACAAAUUCAUGUAAAUGUUACUUUUUUGCCAGAAUUUUUUCUUAUUUUUGCUUAGCAAUUUCUAACUACCUAACCCUCAGGGUUUUAAGUAACAUGGGGAAGCAAGACUCGUGUGAUAGGAAGCAGAGAACAACCGCAAACAAAAAGCCAACUCCGAGUUUUUAUUUAGACCUUCUACAGAAUGGAAAUGAAAAGAAAACUUACAUGCUCUGGUAUCUUUGAAAUAAAGCAAAUGAUUGGUA